UCCUGUCAUGCAUAAAUGUGUUUUCAGUAUGAAAAAGGCAUAUUGGACAUCUGUAUGAAAUUGCUGCAGGUGAGUCCUCAACAUCAAGCAGAUAUAGUUAAAGAUCUACUGAACCGCAGCAAUCCGGUUUACAUCAGCCGUGUGAUCUCAGCGAUGGUGAACUGUAAUGAUGAUAAAGGAGUGUUAAUGGGAAACUGGUCAGGGGACUACAAAGAUGGCGUCAACCCUUCAAAGUGGUCCGGUAGCGCAGAUAUUCUCAGGAUGUGGUCAGAAACACAAUUCAGGCCUGUGAAAUACGGACAGUGCUGGGUGUUUGCUGCUGUCAUGUGUACAGUAAUGAGAGCCCUUGGCAUUCCGACUCGAGUCGUCACCAACUUCAACUCUGCUCACGACACAGACGGAAAUAUGACAAUCGAGGAAUAUUACAAUGAGAAGGGGGAAAAACUGUCCAUGAGCAGGGAUAGCAUCUGGAACUUCCAUGUGUGGGUGGAGAGUUGGAUGAAGAGGCCUGAUCUGGGUCAAGGUUAUGACGGAUGGCAGGUUCUUGACCCCACGCCACAAGAGAUGAGCUCAGGAAUGUUCCACUGUGGUCCUGCUGCUGUUACAGCCAUUUAUGAGCGGAGGGUGGAUGUGCAAUACGAUGUGCCGUUCGUUUACGCAGAAGUAAACGCUGAUGUGCGUACAAUGAUUGUCAGAAAUGGGAGAGUAUUAUCAACCAGCGUCGAUAAACGCAGAGUUGGAGCCCUGAUCUCCACCAAACGUCCAGGAUCCAUGAGUAUGCAGGACAUCACGUCUGAAUACAAAACUGAGGAGGAUGAAAACACAUAUCGUGGAUCAAUGGCGGGUGUUACUGGAAGAAGCACUACUUUUAGAUGUGAACCUCAAAGUGAUAGAAUCAUGGCUUCCAAGGGUGUUGAAGUUUCUCUCCAGCUUCUGAAAGCCCCUGUAGUUGGAGAAAACAUUUCUUUCAACAUCAUAAUCACUAACAAUGAUGCUGCUCCAAAACUGCUGAGAAAACAUGUGAACGCUCAGAACAAGGAGUACAACAGAAAUCCCACAGAAACCUUCUGGGAGGCUCAUGAUGACAUAAAGAUUGGCCCGAAAGAAACUGUGACUACAAAACAUGAGAUCUCUUUCAAGCACUACAUGUUGAAGGAGACUGAGGAGGAUUCUCUGGUUAACCUGGCUGUGGUUAUUGAGGACGUGAAGUCUCAGGAGAGAGUGCUGGCUUCAGAAGAGUUCAUCAUCCGCAGCCCUUCCCUCGAUAUACAGAUUCAAAAUGAGGUCUCGGUCAUCAUUAACGCACCACAAGUGGCCACGGUGAUCUUCACAAACCCGUUUAAUGUUGCAGUGAGCGGAGAACUGACCAUAUCUGGUUCAGGACUCUUGGAGGAGAAGGCUCAAAUGAGGCUUACGAUCCAACCCCGAGAAACCACAAAGAAGCCCGUCAAUUUCACUCCCAGGAUGGCAGGUGCCAGGAUGCUUUCUGCUAAUUUAGUGUUGGAGAAUCCUCCCACCAUCAUGCACGGAUUCAAGACCAUCAAUGUUCAAGCAUCUUAGAGUCACACACCUUUAUAAUUGAUUAUGACCCCUCAUGCAGUGCUGCACUAAUGGUUGAAACACAUUUAGAAAUGAUUGCUUUCUAAUAAUUUUUUUUUAUGUCACUGUGAAAUCUGGCUUGAAUCACUGACUUGUUUUUAAGAUUAUUUAGGCACAAGCUUGAAAAUAAAGCAUAUCCAUGCAUUA